AUGACCACCCCGCCCACAUGUGAUCACUUAGCUGUUGGAGCAUUCUCAUCACUAGAUGAGAAUGAAGAAUUAGAAGACCUGGAGCAGAAAUCAAGUUCAAAUCACAUUAUGAAUUCAUCAAGUCAUGAGUCUGACAAAACAUCUGCUUCUGAGUCUACAUGCAAAUUCAUAAUAGCUAGUGAAGGAACCUCAAGCCUCCAGUCUCAAAUGUCUACUUCUAAUAUGAUUUCAAAUCUCAGAUCUGUGAAUAUCAAAAGAAUGUUCAAAGAGCUAUAG